UAUCGCCUUCAUUCUGCCAGUGUCGUUAAUGUUUCCGAGGAUCAUUCGUUGGUAGGGACUUAUUUCGGGUAGUCUCGGGAUUUUAACAGAGAAAGUGGCAGGUGUAAUAAUGUAAACCAAUAUCAGUGAGUUUCCGCUAUGGUUGUUAAUUAACUUUACACCAGUAAUUAUUAAUUAAUCACUAGACGAAGUUGAGAUAUGGAUUUGACACCCUUGAGAAUAUGACAAUAUACAUAUCGGAGUGGUCAUUUAACAGAAAACAACGUCAGAUCGUCGUGUGACACUAAUACCAACUCUAGUCUUUAAUCUUAGUUGAAAUUAACUUAUCAACGGAACCAAAAUGUCGAUGGAUUUUAAGAAAUAUACCUACAGACCCAGUCGUCCUGACAACCGUUUCCGGACAAAUUAUGCACUGAUGUCGCAAUGGAUGGCCCAGCCCACUAGAGGGACGCGUGGCGACAUGGAAAUCCAAAGUGCCGUGUACGGCAAGAAAGUGGCACGCUCAGACAACCCGUACAUGGACCAAUCGUCUCCUCGGGGGUACGCAAAGGCUGCAGCUAUAGAGGAGGGAGCACCGCCCCACACACGGUUCGCUGAGGACGGAGGCUAUGAUGACUUCCACAAGGCGUUCCGUGCUAUCAGCAAGCAGUGGCCGAACAAGAGCCACCCAAACUUUGGACCCCCUAGGCUACGUAUGGGUCGGGCUGGCGGGAGCUGGCGUCACGUGAAGGAGGUCUUGCAGGCAGGGGGAGCCAGGAUUGUCUUUGUUGAUGGCCAAAGACGGAACGAAGACACAAUUAAUAUGGACUUUGUUCCCGGGGGCCAUCUGGUGCAAAACGCGGCUCCGAGACACGAUGGCGGCCAUGUGCGACUCCAAGGGAUCGGCAAUGGUGGCAUGACAAGCAUGCGCAGAGAAAAGGCUUCUCCCAAAAGAAUAAACGUUAUGCCCGCCUUUGAUCCCGAUGGUAUCAGAGAUUGAACGAGGCACGUCGUCAUAUGGUCUUGAAACAAGACAGGGACUGGAACAAAACAACUGGUGUGUGAUGAGGUGAUUUCUCCCCGUAUUACCCCUCACAUCUUCCUACAUUUAAUUGUAUCAGUCAAAUCAACACCAUAAAUCAUCAGAAACUGCACACGCGCAAUUAUGUGAUAUUUCCAUUAUAAGGAGUGAAUGAAGAUUCCACACGUGACUUGAGUUAGUCCGUUCAGUAUCUUUGUUAUGUACCAAUCAGUAUUACUUCACGUGUUUAUCGUUAUUUAUUAAUUGUACAACAUGUUUUUGCUGUUGUUACCUGUUAGAGAGUAUUGCUCAAUAUAUUCCAGUAUUCAGAUGUUGUUUUUUCUCUCUUUAUGGGAAUAAAUGUUAUUGUAAUUUCCUGGUAACUCUAUGGUAAUGCAUCUUUCAUAAUUAAUAAAAAUUGAUGUUCUUUAUUAA